UUUAUCUCUCUAAAAUUUAGUCCCACCAUAAUUCACAUAAAUACACUUUCCACCCAACCGUUUAUACCUUCUAGUAUCAGUGUAGCGGUACUCCAUACAAGCAUCUAGAAAAGUUUGUUCCGCCUACCUAACAUUUUAUACCAAACCAGUCUCGCUAAAAAUAGGCAUGCAAGGUGCUUCCAUGGAAUAUUCCUAGUUUCAAAGCUUGGUGAGCAGCCAUCAAAUGGCUAACAGACCUUCAGCCAGUUACCAGCCCAGUACUUGGACUUGCGAUUUUGUGGAGUCCUUCAAGACUGGUCAAACAGAGAUAUACAAGGAGAGGCAAAGGAAACUAGAGGAGGAAGUGAGGAAAAUGGUUGAUGAUGAAGAUGUGGAAGUUGAACCAACGGCUCUGCUUGAAUUGGUAGACAUCAUCCAACGGUUAGGAUUGGGGUACAUCUUUGACAGGGACAUAAAGAGAGCCCUCCAUAGGAUAAUAUCUGUCCAAGCAAAAUCUAAUGACAGAAAACAGAAGAGUUUGCAUGCCACGGCUCUUAGCUUUAGGCUCCUCAGACAACAUGGCUAUCAAGUCUCUCAAGAUAUUUUCAAGCAUUUUAUGGACGACAAUGGCAAAUUUAAGGCAUGCCAUUGCAAUGAUGGGAAGGGAAUGUUGAGUUUGCAUGAAGCUUCAUAUCUUGGUUUUGAAGGAGAAAACAUUUUGGAUGAUGCCAAAUCAUUUAUUGGCAUACAUCUCAGACACCACUUGGGGAAGAUUAAUAUUAUCGAUCCCAGCCUUGCAGAACAAGUGAAUCAUGCAUUGGAACUCCCUUUGCACCGUCGAAUGCUGAGGCUAGAAGCUAGAGAAUAUAUCGAGGCAUAUGCUAGAAGAUUAGAUGCAAAUCAUGUGCUGCUUGAACUUGCAGUGCUCGAUUUUAACAUGGUGCAAUCAACACAUCUAAGUGAACUUCAAGACAUGUCAAGGUGGUGGAGAUAUAUGGGACUAGCAAACAAGUUGAGCUUUAUAAGGGAUAGGAUAGUAGAAAACUUCUUCUGUUCAGUUGGAAUGGUCUUUGAACCUCAAUUCAGUAAUUUUCGUAAGGGGAUGACAAAAUUGAUUGCACUAAUAGUUAUUAUUGAUGACGUCUACGAUAUGUAUGGUUCGUUGAAAGAACUAGAGCAAUUUACAGAAGCAAUUGAGAGGUGGAGUAUGGAUGCUAUUGAAAAUCUUUCAGACUGCCUGAAACUAUGCUUCCAAGCACUCUAUAGUACUGUAAAUGAAAUGGCCUAUGACAAUUUUAAAGAACAGGGAGUGAACACUAUAUCACAACUAAAAAAAGCAUGGGCAGAUUUAUGCAAAGCUUUCCUAGUAGAAGCAAAGUGGUACCACACAAAAGCCACACCAAAGUUCAAAGAUUAUAUGGAUAAUGCAUGACUUUCGUCAUCUGCAGUAGUUAUACUGGUUCAUGCUUAUUGCUUAAUAGAUCAGAACAUCACAAAGCAGGCACUAGAUUGCUUUGAUCAACACAAUGACCUUUUCUACCACCCAUCCAUCAUUUUUCGACUUUGCAAUGAUUUGGCUUCUUCAUCAGUAUGCAAUCUUAUAUAAUCUUUCUCAUGCUACAAUGCAAUCCCAAGGUUGCUGGUAAUACAAUCUAACCAAUUUAGAUUAAUCAUGAUGAUAAUAACUGCAAAGUCAUUAUAAUGCAGGCUGACUUGAAGGGAGAUAUAACUGCAAAGUCGAUCCCAUGUUACAUGAAUGAAACCAAACUUUCAGAGGAAUUGGCUUGUGAACAAAUGAGAAACUUGAUUGAUGAGACAUGGAAGAAGAUGAACAAAGGUCUAGCAAGCAACAAUACUCCAUUUUCUAGACCUUUGAUGGACAUAAUUCUAAACUUGGUGAGGACUACUCAUUGCAUAUACCAGUACGGGGAUGCCCAUGGAGCUCCAGAUAACAAAUCAAAAAUAAGAGUCUUAAAACUGUUAUUUGAGCCUGUUUCACUCAUCAAAGAAUAAAAUGAAAUUUGAACUUUGUUGAUGGAUUAGUCGGAAGAAAGGGGUAUUUGUGUAAUGAGUCCGAUUACACUCAGCUCUAUUACGAGUAUAAUAAUCUGAGAAUGUAUUAAUAUGCUCAGUAUUUACUAUUGAACGCUUUCUAUAUCGAUUACAACUUUUGCUAUCC